AUGUCAGCACCCGACCAGCGACAGCAGGAUUCUGCAGAGAUGCUUCGAGCCCGUCUUUACGCAACAGCGCUCAAUAAACAGGCACUCUACGAAACGAAUGUUUCUACCGAAGCGAAUCCAAACUCUGUCGGCAGUGUCGCUAUCCCCCCGCCCCCGAACACAAAUCUUCCGCGCCGUGUGCGCACUCAGAAGGGCUGGCAGUUUACAAACAUGAGCCAGCCCGGAGCAGACCAUUACUCCCAGCUUAGCACAAUUCCUACCCUGACUACUGCUAUUGAGAAGGCCAUGAAGCCAGGGGCAUCAAUUAUACAAAAGAAGACCAUGACACGACCGAUGGUGACAGAUAUAGUCCACCCCUCCGAGUCAGCGAAGAUUCUCGCAGAGGCGCCUCCUGGUAGCUUCUUCUACAUGUCUCGCUUUACACAAAUCCAGUUUCCACCAGGCUAUGCACUCAGUUCUGAUGCAGAUUUCCACGAGUGGGACAUUUUGGUUUGUCCCUACGAGUGGAUCUCAAAGUCGGACUACUAUACGAUAUCUGCAAAGGGUGUUACACACUUCGUUAACGGAAUGUCGCAAUUUUCGGAUCUCAAUGAAUGGUUGCAUGAUUUGGUAAUGCUACAAACUCUCCGUAAAAUCCCAAUCUUUGCUAACUUUAGAUUGUGGAAGCCACUGCGAUUGCUCAAGAAGGCCGUUCUUAAAAACAGGCGGACCCGCGCCUACGGGAGCUUAGACGCAAAUCUCUUCUACCUCAAUCCACUUCUUCGGCAGGCUCUCUAUGGGGUUUAUGAUAACUGCAUCAACAUUAAGUCUUUCGUUCUAAUUCUCACCGAUGAGGAGUUGGAGGCCCUCAAGAAGCGGCUUAAAAUAGCUCAGCAUGACGAUGGAAUGGCCAGAUACUCUGAUGAUGAGGGUACCUAUAAUGAUGAACAUAAUGAGCAGGCAGGCUCCGGUGACGGAGCAUCUCCCCGGCCCGUUUCUCCGGGGGGAGCAGGCUCUAGUUCGAGACCUGCGCGCCACGUGCUCGGGUCCUUAGCCAAUACUCAGACACAUAACUUCCCCUUUUCCUUAGAAGAGUUUGAGAGGAUGUGCAUCACCCGCUGCAGAGAUAUGGCUGUUAAUCUCGACGAGAUUGUUACACACGUUGCAUUGGGCAUCCGUAAGUCCAUCUCUGGAGUGAUUCUGGCUGCCAUCGGAAGCGAUACUAAUGCCAGUGAGAAUAGCGCUGAUGAUACCUCAGCUGUUCGUAAGCUAGACUUUGAGGAGUUUGACAACUACAGGGGUACUAUCAAAAAGGCCGCGACAAUGACAGCAAUUGAGUCCAAUGCUGCUCAGGCCCACAAGGAGGGGAAAAUCACGUACACAGAGAGGGCGACUCGCCUCAAUCUUUGCAAGCGAAUGGUGAGCUUUCUACGUUUGGCAGACUUUAUGAUUAUGGACAGUCUCUAUGACCUGGCCUAUCUAACUCUGAACACGUUCUUUACUCGUCUUCGCGAAGCUAGCAAGAUAGUCUUCCCAACAUAUGAGCAGGUUGUUCCAUCGAUGGAGGUCUUGCGCAAUCUGGAGCGCAUAGGCGUGAUAAACUUUAAUCCAGUAGAAGAGGAUGAGAUGGCCGGCUUCGAUGGUCCUGGUGGAGAUUCGCUCACCAACGUCAAGGGUAUGGAUAUCACCGAAGAGGAGGCCAUGCCUAAGCUUGUUGGUGAUGGAUCGUACGUCGUAUUUCUUGGGCGUGUCGUGUGCAUGCUAUCCACGAUGCCUCCUGCUGCAGGAACCACGGCGCUAAAUGCUUAUGGGUAUCGAGGAGGAUACCGUAAUCUAAUGAACCUCAGUGACCCCUCUACACCAGGGGAUGCCAUCAGACCGGGCUCAGUGGCGGACAUUUCGGUCACCCCAUCAUUCGAAGAUUUCUAUAGAGCAAUCGAGACAAUGAUUGAGAACAUUCUCUCUGUAGAGACUGCUGUGCGCCGUCUUGUCACCCACGAAGACUUCUCAGAUGUCACUAGCCCAUUCAGCUCUGGUGGCGUCCUGGCAAAUGCCACCGGCGGAGAUGCCAGUGGGGACGUGGGGAUGUCUGAAAUCCAGGCUCCUGACAUCUCCCUGCUCUUCUCCACAAACCCGGCCUUCCACGUUGUCAUCUCUGACAUCUCAACUACAGUCAGGAGCACGUAUGACGCAGCAGUCAACUGGAUGGUCAACCUCCAGAGCUAUUUUGACUCAUUCAAUGACGUGAUUUCCCUUGACAUCGAGGCGCUUGAGAAGUCUCUUCUUGUUCUUCCUCCAGGUGUUGAGGACCUAAUGAAUGUAAGCAUCCCAGACAUCCUGAUGAAGAUUUUUGAUUACGGCAAGGAGCUCCUCGGUCAAGAUGCUCCUCAGGUAGCUGCAGUUCUUUCGCCUCUUGACGCUCUGGAGGCUGAGGUUGACUUCGAUUCCCAAAAGAAGGAAAAGCCUGACGACCCAGUAUACAGAUUUGAUGUAAGGGCCGCGGUUCUUCAACUGCCCGACCUCUCUGUUUCAGGUAGAAGGGACAUUCCACUGACUAGCUAUCAAGGCCUGACACGGGCCGUUUUGCUGGAGCAUCUGUACCCCAUUGACCGCAUUGUUGAGCUUGUAACCCAGUUGGAAGAGUAUCGGCUCCUCACAUACGCUAUGCCGACACGGAUUAACUUGGGCGCCUUUGCGUUUGAUCUGACAGAGCUGAAGGACGCCUUCGUUCCUGCUCCCCAGCGGGUUUUGACGUUUCUCCAGACCUUGAUUCCGCUGGCUUGUCAUCGCAGGCUAUCCAUACUUAUCCUAAACAUGAUGCAGAUACAGGCCUUUCUCGUACGUCAGACUCAAUCUGUCGACGAAUUCAUAAUAUUUAAAGAAUGCUUGAGCUUGAUAACGGAAGAAAUAGUGGAUACCAUUCGGCUUUUCUCUGAUAAUAUCUUCCAAUUAGUUCAUAGACUGACCAAUAAUCACGGGUUUGUGUUCCCGAAUGAGUUCCUCCAUCUUCAGAACAUUUUCGCGCAGUACUUCGAGCAACUUCGUAAUACGAUCCUGUCAUCUGAACAGCUCGUUGAUCAGCAGCUCAACAGCUGGAUCAUGAACCUCCACGAGCGUGCUCAAAAGAUCAAGCAGGACCUGGCUCUGCUGACUCACAAGACCACGGAUCCACUUCUCAACAAGAGCAUCGAGCUUUGUACUCUCGAAGAAGUAACAGAGGUAGUAUCUAACUAUAUUCAUGCAUUUGAGCAAGAUACCAGGUUGUUGGGCACGUCCCCCAAUCCUGACACUUUAGUUUCAGGUCAGGAGGCAAACAGUACAGAGAAGCCUGUGGAACAGCCAAACGAGGAAGUCAGCGAGCCCUCGCGUUCUAGUGGCCCUCAAAAGGAUGACGAUGCGAUACAGUCCGAAGAGUCUUCUAGCGAGAAGAAGGAUGGAGACGAGCAACAAUACGAGGGUGGCACGGGCCAGAUGCAAACGGUUAUUACUUUGGCUGAUAAGCUCAACGCUCUGACUCUAGAAUAUAUCUUGCAAGAAGCGGCAGAAUCUACAGAGUACGAUAGCUUCAUAGAAAGCCAAACAGUUGCGAAUGAUGGCACCGCUGGAGCCACAAUUGCUGCAGCAGAGGCCUCUCAAAUGAGUGAGACAGGGCAUAGCGCUGUCUCGGGUCCAGUGGAAGCAGAGACUUCCGACACCUCCAGGACACUCAGCAGAGAGCCAACAGCUCAUGGUGCCUUUAAUCUCUCUAUGAACUUGCCUGGGGAGUUAGCGAUUCUUUCUGCUAAGAAGAAGCUUGUGCUCACCUCCACUCAGAUUAAGGAUUGCUACAAUCAAACGCUCGCGCUUCGCGAAAAGCUGUCAGCGAUAGAGUCUGCUAUCCGUGUUAAUCAGAGAUACCAGACGUCUCUGGGCACGGAUGUCACUGUGUUCACCGACCUGGAGAGCACAAGCCAGACGGUGAAGCUCUACGAUUCGCUGUGGGGGACAUGCUUUGCGUGGCUUGAAAACAUGGUUGUGUUUGCAAAGUCAUUCUUCUUUGGACAGUUGGACGUCGACUAUAUGACAAAGUUUGUGGCCGAGAGCGGAAAGAUCGCCUUUCAGUGCGAAAGACAGCUUCCACAAGUGGAUAUUGCUCUGGUGCUCAAGCUCCGUGUCAAUGACUUCCGGCAACUCAUACCCGUUGUCCAAAGCCUGGAUAACCAGACGCUUAAGCCUCGCCACUGGGCAAGCGUAGGCCAGGCCCUUGGGGUGGAAAUACCGAAGUUUGGAGACGAUGCACGGAAUCCCAUCAAGAUUGUCAGACGCAAGUUUCUUACUGAGAAGGAGCGGGAGCGAGCGGCACCCGAAGAACUACUCCCAGUUACUACCACUAUUAAAGUUUCAGAGGACACGCCGAAGAUCACCAUUGCUUGGCUGAUACAAAACGAUGCCCUCAACUUCAAGGAUGAGCUUUCCUCGGUCUCUAACACUGCAGCCAACGAAGCAAGUCUUGAAGUCAGCUUCCGAAAGCUCGAAUCAGAAUGGGCCAACAUUGACAUUUCUACCAACAAUUACAAGGACUCGCUCGAUAUCUUUGUGAUCACGGACGUUGUUGACCUCAUUGCAAAACUUGACGACUCCAUUCUUGUUCUGUCCGGGAUAGUGUCCAGUAGAUAUGUCAAGCCAAUCCAGGAGGAGGUGCAGAAACUCUAUACACAGCUUACCAAUCUAUCUAGUACGAUUGAUGUUUGGUGUAGGGUCCAGAAGGGCUACCUAUAUCUCCUCAAUAUCUUCGGAUCUGGAGACAUUCAGCGCCAGCUGCCCAAUGAGACGAAGAUGUUUAUGGAUUUGGAUGGCUUCUGGAAGAAGCUUCUAUCAAAGACGCAGGAUUAUCCAAAGGCGGUGGAGGUGCCUCAGUUCAACAUAAUUGGUACUGCAGCCGUUGUUCCAACCGGCAACACACCUCCGUUGGAGGCGAUGCUUAAGCGAUAUGAGCAGGUUCUAGAAUCCAUACAGAAAUCUCUUGACGAGUACCUGCAGAACAAGCGGAUGUCUUUUGCCCGUCUUUACUUUCUAUCAGACGAAGAGCUGCUUGACAUACUUUCUCAAUCAAAGAAUCCAUAUGCAAUCCAAGCGCACAUUCGCAAGAUCUUCGACUCCAUACAAUCACUUGAAUUCUCAGUCGGUCAAUCCGGUGGCUUAGACAUUGUUGCCAUGCUUUCGGAAGAAGGUGAGCGUGUUGUGCUUAAUGUGCCAAUCAAGGCACGAGGCUCCAUUACGGCCUGGCUUGGAAACCUGGAGCAACGCAUGAAGCAGACGAUUAAUCGACACUGUCAGGUAGCGGUCCUCGAUUACUCUGUGGAGAAGCGUAACGCGUGGAUUCUUUCCCAUCCAGCACAAUGCAUCAUUUGCGUCAGUCAGAUUUAUUGGUGUGAGGGAAUUCAUCUUGCUCUAGAAGGAAGCUCCUAUGCUGGAUACGGUGGUAAGCGCGCGAAUGGCACAGACUGCACAGUUGACGAAGCAGAAAGCAUGGCUCGGAGCGUGGUUCAAGACACAGAUGUGCACCACUCAAAGAAGUCAACAGAGAAGACGUCUCCCCUAGCAAUCUACAUUCAGAACUUUGAAAAAAUGCUUCUAGACCUGAUUAAACUGAUCCAAGACACCUCUCUGACGAAGCUCCAGCGAUGUAUUGUCACUGCGCUGGCCACUAUUGACGUCCACUCUAGGGAUACUCUGUAUGACCUCCUGCAUGAGAAGGUCACGUCUAUCACCUCGUUUGAAUUCCAAAAGCUCUUACGCUACUAUUGGAACACGUCUGAUAACCAGGUGCACAUCCAUCAAUCGGCAGCACACUUUCUCUACAACUGCGAGUAUCUUGGUGCAUCUCCUCGCCUGGUUAUUACCCCGCUCACAGAUCUUUGUUAUUUAACUCUGAUGAUUGCGCAUCGCUUUUAUCUUGGUGGAGCUCCGCAGGGGCCCGCUGGAACUGGGAAGACAGAGACCACCAAGGACUUGGCGAAAGCGCUUGCAAUGCCUUGCAUCGUCUUCAAUUGUUCAGAGUCUCUGGACUAUCGUAUCAUGGGCCGCUUCUUCGCCGGUCUCUCCCAAGUUGGUGCCUGGAUCUGCUUCGAUGAGUUUAAUCGAAUUGACCUGGAGGUGCUUUCAGUCGUUGCGUCGCAGGUCAUGUGUAUUCAAAAUGCAGUCAAAGCCGGGCAAGAUCGUUUUAUUUUCGAGGGCGUUGACAUGCCUAUCAACAAGACGGUUGGAAUCUUUAUCACGAUGAACCCAGGGUAUGCGGGCCGUGUGGAAUUACCCGAUAAUCUCAAGGCUUUGUUCCGCGCAGUUUCCAUGGUUGUUCCAGACUAUUCACUUAUAGCAGAAAUCAUUCUCUUCUCGGAGGGCUUUACAACGGCCAAGGUCCUUAGCCGCAAGAUGGUGCAGCUCUACAAGCUCAGCUCGGAGCAGCUAUCGCAGCAGGACCACUAUGACUUUGGCAUGCGUGCGAUCAAAUCGGUCCUUGUCAUGGCUGGCGGGCUGCGGCGCAAGUACGGGCAUCUUACCGAAGAUGUUGUUCUCAUCCGUGCCAUGCGUGACGCUAAUUUGCCGAAGUUCACUGCAGCAGAUAUUGAGCUCUUCAUGGGCAUCAUUCAGGAUCUCUUCCCCGGCGUCCAGAUUCCCUCUGUGGAGCACGGUGAAUUGGCUCUUUGCAUUGAGCAAGUACUAAAGAAAAAUAAUUACUACAACAUUCCUCUUCAGGUCAAUAAGAUUGUUCAGCUUCACGAAACCAUGCAGGUGCGUCAUGGUGUGAUGCAAGUAGGGGCAGCCAAGUCUGGAAAGACGGUGUGCAUGCGGGUGCUUCAGGAGGCCCUCGGCAUACUGAGAGACAAGGUGGACACAGAGUUCACACCAGAGCAGCGGAAGGUCUUCCUUCAGGCAAACCCAGACCAUAUCGUCAAUCAUGUGCAGGUCAACGUUCUCAACCCAAAGUCCAUUGACAUGACAGAGCUCUAUGGAAACUAUAACGACGUUUCUGGCGAAUGGAAGGACGGGCUUGUUGGGGUCUUGAUCCGGGAUAUGCUUGCAAAAACGGCUGCCGGUCUCAAGGAUGAGCAAACAGGGCUGCCCAUCCAACAGAAGAAGCAGUGGAUUUGCUUCGAUGGCCCGGUGGACACCCUUUGGAUUGAGUCUCUCAACACGCUCCUCGACGAUAAUAAGCUUAUUUGCUUUGCCAACUCCGAGCGUUUAAAGAUCAACGAAUAUAUAAGCAUCGUUUUUGAGGUAGAGAACCUGAAGAAUGCAUCUCCAGCUACGGUUUCACGCGCAGGCAUGGUCUAUUUCAGUCAGCCUCAGGGCCUUGCCUAUGCCCGAGACAUGUCCGCUUGCAUAGUACGUUGGGACGCAUAUGUUAUCUGUUGGCUUAAUGGCGAGUUUGAUAAGCGUGUUAAGAUGAUCUCCGGCCUGCGUGAAGUAGGGUACGGGAAUUCAUCUGAAGCUAGCGGCUCGGCGUCUUCUGUUCCAGUACCUCAGGGUUGUGACAAGACUCUGGAGGCGCUCAUCUACGACCACUUUAUGUUGCUGAUUUUCAAACUGUUCGCUAUUUUCAUCCCCGUAGGGAUGGAGUUUUACUCCAGGAACUGUAGCGACAUGUUCAUUCCAACAAACGAGUUUUCAGUGAUUCAGUCCAUUACUCGGAUAUUCACGGCCAUUCUCGUCUACAAUCGGUCCAUGAUUGCACAUGAGCGCAUCCAGAAGCAGGAGGAACUUAAUAGGGCCGCUGAAGAAAACGGUCUCACAGAGAUACCCCAGGCAAAAGACAAGGCUGUCAUGGAUCUCAUUGACAUGACCCUGAUGGUGCGGUUUUUGACACUACAAUUUGUAGCUAACAACAAUUCUCUCAUGAUCCAGUCGUCCCUAUCAAACGCAGAGAAGCUUGUUAAGAUUCAUGAAUAUGUCUUAGCGAGCGACGAGUUUGUCACCUGCGAAAACAUCAUCAAGUCAGCGUUUCUGUAUGCCUUUAUCUGGAGCUUUGCAACCACGGCAAUGCAGAAUACAAAGAAGCGAGAAGAAUUCGACAAUGCAAUUCGCACUCUCAUUGAGACGAAUAACGAACAGUACAUUGCAUAUAAGGCAACGGGCUCUCUCCCCGAAGAAACAGAGCAGGCCAAGCAAUUCCACCCCUUUGAGGGUUACUCCUUGCCACCGUGUAUUUCCCUUCCGUCGAUCCCUAACAGCGGGCUCAUAUUUGAUUACUACGUCGAUUGGCAACCAGUUAUAGAUUACCAGCAGAAGAUGCUCACAACCAUGACCUUCAUGUCGCCCUUCUACACAAGUCAGGCAGACGAUCAGCAUACGUCUAAGCCGCUCGGAACCUAUCAGCUAACAACAGAUCUCUUUUCCGAAAAGGCUACGCACAUCUCUGCGAUCCUCUCCUCUAACGACGAAGCGGCAGCCUUUCUGACUGCAAAGAUAGUCUCCCCGCAGACUGCUUGCACCUUUGCGCCAUUUGGAAACGUCAUGCCCAAGUUCAGCUACGACCCAAAGCUACCCUUUUUCCAGAUUUACGUCAAUACUCUUGACUCAGUGCGGUAUAGUCACCUUAUAGAGAGUCUGGUUAAGCAGCGAAAGCCAGUGCUAGUCACAGGGAAUACAGGGAGCGGCAAGUCUGUUCUUGUCAACGAUCUCCUUGCAACUCUAGAUAAACGAGGAUUGGCGCAGAACACUUUUAUUAAUUUCUCUGCUGCGUCCAACUCUCUCCGAACACAGGAGAUGAUAGAGAGCAGUCUUGAGAAGCGGAGAAAGACUAUCCUAGGACCAGUGGUUGGAAAGAUAGCAUGUAUUUUUGUUGACGAUAUCAACAUGAUUGCGUACGAUCUGUUUGGGUCACAACAGGCCGUCGAGUUCAUCCGAGACAUAGUCGACGCAGAUGGAUUUUAUGAUAGAAAGGAGUGGUUCUUCAAGAACCUAGCCGACACGACUGUUCUUGCUGCCUGUGCGCCUGCUGGAGGAGGGCGUAAUGUCGUAUCUAUGCGGACUAUCAGUCACUUCAUUAAUUUUGCUCUUCCAGACGCCAGCGACGAGGUUCUGCAUAGCAUAUUCAACAGCAUUCUUCACGGCCACCUAACAUAUGUUGACAUUAGCGACCCCCAGGCCCAAGGAAACAAGUUCCCAGUUGACGUUGCCAAUAUUAGUGCAAGUGCUAUUCGUGCGCUUAUUCAAAUCUAUCAAACGCUUUCGACGAUUCUUCGUCCAACCCCGUCGAAAAUUCAUUACACCUUUAAUCUGCGCGACGUCAGCAAGGUUGUUCAAGGCGUCCUGCGUGCCACUACAGGGGUGAUAAAGUCGGUAGAGGACUUCUCCAGCUUAUUUAGGCACGAGUGCCUGCGCGUGUUUGCAGACAGAACGAUUGCCGACGAGGACAGAAACGCUGUAUAUGACACUAUCAUUGACAUUUUCAGCACAACACCCGGGUUGGCGAACACUCCGUCAGCUAAAAAGCCACAAGAAGGAGACCCCGGAGUUGUUGACACCAGACCCGAGGAUAUAUGGGGCAACUAUAUGAAGCCUGGAACCCCAAUCGACAUGCGAGUCUACGAGAAGGGUGGAUCCUUUAAUGCCGUGCAGACGCUUCUAGAAAGUUACCUCAGCGAAUAUAAUACUGCCGGGAGCAAGCAAGCGAUGAAUCUUGUUCUUUUCAAAGAUGCCGUUGAGCAUGUCUCUAGGAUUGCACGGUCAAUCACAGCACCCCGCGGCUCCAUGUUGCUUGUAGGAUUUGGGGGUUCCGGGAGAAAGUCCUUGACCAGAUUGGCCGCGUUCAUUUGCGAUUGUGACCUUGAAACCAUUGAGCUGCGAAAGGGGUAUGGGCUGAAUGAGUUCAGGGACGAUCUAAAGACCUUAUUUCAAAAGGCUGGCGUUGAGAACAAAAAUAUCGUGUUCAUGCUGGACGAUAGCCAGAUCGUGGUGGAGUCACAACUAGAAGAUAUCAACAACAUUCUAAACAGUGGAAUUGUGCCAAACUUAUUCGAGCAGGAUGAGCUGGACAAGAUUAUGGCCGACAUACGGUCCAUUAUCAAUAAAGAGGGGGUGCCAGUCGACGUAGGCAAUAAGGACGCGGUGUUUCGCUUUUUCAUCAAUAGGGUACGCGAUAACUUGCACAUCGUCCUCUGCUUGUCGCCCUCUGGAGACCAGUUCCGCGAUAGGCUCCGCACCUUCCCUUCUCUUGUCACAAAUCUCACCAUAGACUGGUUUAAGAACUGGCCUAAGGCCGCCCUGAUGGAUGUUGCAAAUAGCGUUCUUCAACAGGAGCUCCGACGUGUCAAUAUGACAGAGUGUUAUGACAUCUCCAAGGGAAGCGAAAUAGACAUGGCUCUAGAAGAACAACGAGCAGAGUUCAACAAGAGUAAGGAUGCUGGAGACUUUGACGAGCAAUUCGAGCUAGCAAAGGUUCUUGCCAAGAGACUUACCAAGCGUCUAGCUCCCAUCGCUACUGAAAUACAUGACUCUGUCGAGCGUAUGUUGAUGAGAUACUAUACAGACACGCGGCGGAAGCACUACGUUCCCCCUGCAUGCUAUCUCGAGCUGCUUAGCCUAUACUCUGAGCUCCUUGCCCAAAGGAUUGCAGGGAUUAAUAAGCGAUAUUAUCAGCUAACUACGGGUGUGCAAAAGCUCAUAGAGUCCAAGGCGCAAGUUGAGACGCUACAGAAAGAACAAGAGGCGCUUGCACCGGAGCUCGAGGUGGCUGCUGCUAGUUCUGAGAAGCUUAUCAAGGAGCUCACGAGCGAGAAGGCCGUAGUGGCAAAGAUGAAAGAGGUUGCUAUCUCCGAAGAGACCAUCGUCAAGGCCCAGGCGCAAGACACGGAGAUCAUCGCUCAGGAUGCACAAAAGGAUUUGGACGCGGCCAUGCCUCUACUAAUCGCAGCCAACAAGGCACUGGACUCGCUGAACAGUUCAGAUAUCACGGAAAUAAAGUCUUUCAAGCAGCCGCCGCCCUUGGUGAAGAUGGUUAUGGAGGCGAUCUGCAUCUUAGUGGGCGCAAAGCCAGAUUGGGAUAGUGCCAAGAAGGUCCUCAGCGACACUGGAUUUCUGAAGUCGCUGAUAUCAUACGACAAAGACAAUGUUCCGGACAGCAUUCUCAAGAGCUUGAAGAAGUAUACCACCUCGUCCGAUUUUGUUCCAGAAAAGGUAGAGAAGCAAUCACUGGCUGCCAAGUCGCUCUGCUUCUGGGUUAUUGCCAUUGAGAAAUAUUCCUAUACCAUCCGCGAGGUUGAGCCCAAGCGACAGCGCCUCGAAGCAGCAAAGGCCGAUCUGAAGGAGAAAAUGGAUGCACUGGCUGUCAAGCAAGCUCAGCUCAAGGAGGUUGAAGAUAAGCUUACCGUCCUGGAAGAAACCUUCGAAAAGCAGAAUAACGAGAAAAUCCGGCUGGAGCAAGCCAUGGAGCUUACGAAGGCGCGACUGAUGCGUGCUGAGCAGCUUACUGGUGCGUUGUCGGACGAGCGUGAGCGCUGGAUCUCGCAGAGUGCCGCUCUCAAGGAACAAUUGAAACUGGUUCCAGGUGACGUCUUCUUGGCCACCUGUGCCAUUGCUUAUCUUGGAGUUUUCAACCUCAAAUACCGUGCAGAGCUCCUCGAGUUUUGGCACGGACUCCUUCUGGCCUAUAAUGUAAGGUGCUCUCCCCUUGAAACUAUUCUCCAGAACGGCAUUUUCCCCUUGGUUUCAUCAGACGACGUUCUUUUGGAAUCGUGGCGCUCCCAGGGACUCCCGUCAGACCUUACCUCUACUGACAACGCUGUGAUGGUCACUACAACGCGCAGAUUCCCUUUGAUUCUAGAUCCACAAAGUCAGGCUUUGACAUGGAUUAAGGGGAUGGAGAAGGCAAACAACUUGAUGGUCUUGAAGCCUACUCAAUCUGGACUGCUUCGUAUCUUUGAGAACUGUGUGCGGUCGGGCACUCCUGUUAUCUUGGAUGGCGUCGGGGAGGUCAUAGAGCCCAGCCUAAAGCCAGUAAUUGAGCGAGAAAUCAUUAUAAGUGCCGGAAGACAAAUCAUUAUGCUGAAUGAUAGCGAGGUAGAAUGGCAUCCCAAUUUUAGGUUGUAUUUGGUCACCAAACUGGCCAAUCCGUCGUUUAGCCCGGAGGUGCAUGCAAAGCUCACCAUCAUUAAUUUCACGAUCAGCACAGACGCUCUUGAGGACCAACUUCUGCAAGCCGUCGUCAGUGCAGAGUACCCAUCUCUUGAAAAGAAGCGCAUAGAAUUGACGACCGAGUCGUCCAGAGACAGAAGGCACCUCGCUCAGCUGUCCAACCAGAUCCUCCACGAGUUGACAAACUUUCAGGGCUCGGUUCUAGAUAAUGAAAAUCUGAUUAGAGUGUUAGGGGAGAGUAAGUCCGUCUCGGCAGAUAUAGAGGCUAAAGAGAAGCAGGCGAUAACGACGCGUGCUGAGAUUGCUCGUUACUAUAGCAUUUACCGGCCCAUUUCCAUCAGGGGUGCGCUCAUAUACUUCAUUGUUUCGGACAUGUCAUUGGUAGAGCCCAUGUACCUCUUCGCCUUGAGCUACUAUAUACGCCUCUUUGUCACUGCCAUAAAUUCCAUUGCAGAUUACAGAGGAGACCCAGAGAGCAUGAUUAAGAGAGUGGAAGUGCUGCUUGAAAAGGUGACAUACUUCAUGUUCUCUAACAUAAGCAGGGGGGUUUUUGAAAAGGAUAAGCUUGUCUUUGCGUUCCUCCUGGCUACGCGAAUUCUUCAGAUCCAAGGUGACAUUGGGCUUGACGACUGGAGCAUCUUAUGCCGUGGCAACCUUUAUGCCGACAUUAUUCUUUCUGACGAAAACAGAUUAUCCCGUGCAUCCCCAGCAAUGAAGGAUACGUAUAAAAGACUGGAGGAGCAAGGAGAGGCGCUAUUUGGCGAUGGCCCCAUCGCAUCCCUUGGUGCAGGGCGGCUACUUACCUUCCUAAAGGCCUUGUCUGUGAUACCUACACAAGAACGACUUUGUUCAUUCAUAGAGCAGAACUUUGCUGCAAUCGAACGGGAGUUUGCAGGCACAACUGACGGAGAUGCCCUUUGCCGCGCUCUCUUGUUCUUUGAUUCAAAUAACCGCAUUGUACAGAUGAUGAUGGAGGCCGGAUUACAAAUCUCCAACGAGGGAUUUAGGAUUAUAUCUAUUCUCCUCUUGAUUAAGUUCUUCUCUGAGAGCUUUAUGAUUCUUGCCAUUCCACUGUUCAUUGAGGUGGUCCUAGGGCCUAAAUACUCGAACAUAGAGCCACCAAAGUUGUCCGAAAUAUACUGCGAUAGCUCAUCGACGAUCCCAAUCAUCUUCCUUCUUACGGUCGGGGCUGAUCCCCUUUCCCAGCUGCAGGCACUGGCUCAACAGAACAACCAGCCUCUUUACCUGAUAUCCCUCGGCCAGGGACAAGCUCCCGUGGCCCGGAAUGCGAUAGAGAAAGCGUCCUCAACCGGCGGAUGGGUAUUUUUACAGAACGGACACCUGGCGCGGUCAUGGAUGGCAGAGCUGGAGAUGAUCGUUGAGGCUCUGUCCCUCUGUGAGACCAUGUCUCCUGAUGCGAAAAAAGAUGCUGCAGCUACCCUGCCGUUCCUGAGUUUGCCUCCGAAGUCGUCAUUUAGAUUGUUUAUAUCAUCAAUGCCAGUGAAACACUUCCCAGCAUCUGUGCUCCAGACCUCACUGAAGAUCACCACCGAGCCGCCCACGGGGCUCCGCAACAACAUCGUCCGGGCAGUGGGGACGUCCACUGUUGAAGCAUGGGAGGCCGAGGAGAUCAUUUCUGAGCUGCGUUAUGACGAUAUUAUUCCCAAACCGGAAGAGGGUGAGGAGCCGUUAGUGGUUGAUGAGAACGCCAUGGCACGCUUUUCUGAGAUAGUUAACACAAAGGCAAAGGCCAUGUGGAAAAGGCUCUUUUACGCCAUUGUCUUUUUCCAUGGAAUUCUCCUUGAGCGCAGGAAGUUUGGACCCCAGGCCUUCAAUGUGCGCUAUGAGUUCAAUGACUCAGACUUUUCUAUCUGCGUGCAAAGCCUCCGCAGCUUCAUGGUUGACAGCAUAAACGAGUUUAUUAUGGCGCAUGGAUUUACCUCGGUAAUGGAUAAUCGUGGAGAGGUUUCUUCUCCGAAUGGCGUAUCAUUUAAGCUUCCUUGGGAUGCAAUCACCUUCAUUUUUUCUAAGAUACACUAUGGUGGAAGAGUUACUGACUCCUGGGACCUUCGGACACUGAGCUGCAUCCUAACAGGCAUUAUCAAUGAUAAAGUUAUCAGCGACUUCUCCAAACCGUACGACUUUAUCGCAGCAAACAAAAAGUAUACCAUUGACUUCGAUGCAUACACCUCCUACGACAUGGUCCGGAGCUUCGCCCAGAAUCUGCCCAUCCUGGACGGAACGGAGGUCUUCAACAUGAGCGAAAACUCGCUCGUGGUCUUCAGGCAAAGCGAAUCAAAUAAGGUUAUCGCACGCAUCCUCGAUAUUAGCGCAGACUGUUUGCCGAAGAAUGAGAAGCUUUUUGCAACUGAGGAAACGGACAAGGAGCCCACGCCAGGUGAUGAAACAAAGCAAAUUGCUGAGGCUGUGAGCACCACCGACGCGCUCCCGGACCCUCAGAUUGUUGAGCAAGACCUUGCACGCCUGCGCCUCAAGCUCUAUGGCGAGCCCUCAAACGACCUAACAACCGACCAAAUAGUCGAUAGCAUAUCUGCAACUCUUUUGUCGAAGCUCCCCUCUUUGCUUGACAUUGAGAAAGAGGCUGGUCCAUCGACCUUUGUGACAGCAUCGAAUGGGAUGAUGCACUGUCUCUCUGUUGUUCUUUCGCAGGAGAUUGAGCGCUUCAACAAUCUCCUGCGGUUCCUGAAGACGUCUCUGGAUAGCAUCCGUCUCGCAAUCAAAGGCUUGAUCCUACUAUCUGUUGAUUUAGAGCAACAGUAUAAGUCUUUAGCGCUAGGCCGCGUGCCAAGCAGCUGGACGAAGCUGGCAUAUCCAAGCCUCAAGCCACUGACCUCGUGGUUUGAUGACCUAAUUCAGCGCGUUGCAUUCAUGCGUCGUUGGCUCACAAACGGACAACCAGCAACGUUCUGGAUGUCUGGCCUAUACUUCCCGCAAGGAUUCAUAACUGGUGUGCUCCAGAUGCAUGCACGUGAGUACAAGAUCUCCGUGGACAGUCUGGUCUUUGACUUCCGCUACCUCACCACGUACGAUGAGGAGAGCACGGCUUCCGCUGAUCUCUGUGUGGAAACAGGGGUUCUGAUUUAUGGUUUGUAUCUAGACUGCGGGUUUUUCGAUCUCGACGGAGGCAAGCUGCUUCCUGCAAAGCCAGGGAUCCUAUAUCCUCGCGUUCCGAUUGUUCACUUUGCGCCAGUUAGCAUGGAUUCAAAGGUAGUGAAAGGGUAUAACGCACCAAUUUACAAGACAAGUGAAAGAGCGGGGAUACUGAGCUCUACGGGUCGGAGCACAAACCACAUCAUGCCAAUGGUGAUUCCAACUGAUGAGGACCCCAACUUCUUCAUUCGACAGGGUUGUGCUGUUCUUUGCCAGCUGAACGAUUGA